AUGUUCGCACUAUUUUGGCUGUUAUUUCCUGCAGUGAGUUGCGAGGAUUCGAGGAAAGAAGCUGAGAGGGUGAGCGAACAAUUGGAUCCUAGUAUUUACAUCAGACAGAAUUUAUUUGGACAAGGACAGGAUCUACUCAAUCAGAGACAGUUUGGAACGAUGUCUCAAGUUAAUUUUGCUUUCACUUGCAAAUGCUCGUCAAAAGUGCCUAAUCCAAAUGCACCGCCACCAGUGGAUGCAAAUCAAAUGGCGCAGCAGCAGAUACAGCAGCUACAGGAACAAAUUCGUAGGCAACAAGACAUCAUCAACAGGGCAAAUCAGCAGAAGACCGGAAUUGAGCAGUUCAGUAAGUCAUUGUAUAAAGCACUCUUAGUACGAGCGUUGAUAAUCCUCAAUAAUUACGUAGACCAUGUUGAGGGACUGGGACUGCAACUUCCUGGACAAUAUCAAAGCAAUGGCUUCAGAAGUAUUGGCGGAGCGCAAUUCAUAGAAAAUCCUGCAGGUAUUCCCGUAGGAUAUGGCCAAAUACAAGGAGUUCCUCUAACUGUGCCAUUCCAGACAAGAUUACAGCCCAUUGUAAAGCACAAACAUCGCCUGUGA